AUGGGUCCUCGAUCUGUGUCUCAAGUGUUCCAGCAAUUUCAAGCCGCUCGGACCCAGUUUGCCCAGGCCAUCGCUGAAUUAGCCGGUCGUCCCGAUUGUAUUGAACAGCUCCUCCAAGAAAACGUACUCGGUCUUCUCCAAGGCCUCCUGUCCGACGUGUCACCCACAAUUCAACAAAAUGCUGCCCUUGCAGUUGGUCGUUUGGCGAGCCAUUCUCUCCCCGUGGCAGAACUCGUCGUUCGAGCGGACCUCCUCCGAAAGCUGAUCUCUAUCGAAGCAGAUCGUCCCAAUCGCUAUCUCAAAAGAGCAGUCCUCACCUCGCUGAAAUCCAUCGUGAAACAAUCCCCGGAAAUGGCCAAAGCUGUCAUCAGUUCCGGUGGGAUGGACUUUGUGAUCUCAGCUUUGGAAGAAUUCGACUCUGGUGUGAAGGAAGGGGCCGCUUUCGUUCUAGGAUUCACCGCCCGGCACAACUUGGCCUUAGCGACGGAAGUUAUUGGCGCUGGAGCCGUCCCACUGCUCACGCUCGCCCUUCAAGAACCCGAAGUCAAUGUUCGCGUCAUCGCAUCCAGUGCUCUCUCAGACAUUGCGAAACAUUCCCCUGAAACUGCGCAAGCCGUUUUGGACGCCGGUGCGGUGCCUCAUCUUGUACGAGCGAGUGGAAAUCCAGACGCAAGAUUGAGACGGACAGCCCUCUUUACCCUCUCAUCUAUUUCGAAACACACCAUGGACAUGGCGGAGACUGUGAUUGAGGCUGGCAUCUUCCCUCUCGUCUUGGAACAUGCGGGUCACCCGGAUGAAUUAGUGCGAAAAGCGGCCACGUCACUGAUCAAAGAAAUCGUGAAACACUCUCCGGAAUUGGCGAGGCUUGUCGUGGAAGGUGGUGGACUUGGCGUGUUGGUGAACUCGAUUGUCCGCAACAAAGGGGAAAACCGCCUCCCUGCCGUGCUCGCCCUUGGCUAUAUCGCUGGUCAUAAUCCCGCCCUAAGUUUCUCCGUCAUCUACUCCAAAGGCGUCGAAGCGCUGGCUCUCGCGCUGGACGAAGAGGCAGAAAAUGGAAUCGGCGCUGCUGCUGCGUGGUCUUUGGGGUGCGUACAUGUAAAGUAA